CAAAACAGGAGAAGGAGAAGAAGAAUCCAUGGAUUCUUCACCAGAAUUCAAGAGGGUCAUGAGCCUUGUAGCUGCCCUUACUCUUUUCACUACCUUUACCAUUCCACUCCCUGCUCAUGCUUCCCCUAUAGAAGCCCAAGCCCUCCUCAAAUGGAAGUCCAAUCUUGGCAACCAUUCAGAUUCUUCCCUCUCUUCGUGGACUCCCUCUCCUCAUAAUGCCACCGGUUCCAACUCAACCGUGAGUCCAUGUACUUGGUAUGGCAUCUCCUGCAAUCAGGCGGAGAGUGUGAUCGGGAUUAAUCUCACUAGCGCCUAUGUCGAAGGUACGCUUGACGAAUUCCCAUUCUCAUCUUUGUCUCAUCUCAUGUACAUGGACCUGAGUAUAAAUAGUCUCUCUGGCCAUAUUCCCCCUCAAAUCGGUUUAUUGAGCAAUCUCACCUAUCUCGACCUCUCUAUCAAUCGGUUCAUGGGGAAAAUACCGCUGGAGAUCAGCCAUCUAACUAGACUAACAGUCCUACACCUGGUUUCCAAUGAGUUAAAUGGCUCCAUUCCCCAAGAAAUCGGGCAAUUGUAUUUGCUCACCGAGGUCGCGCUGUAUUCGAAUCAGUUGAAUGGACCCAUACCUUCCUCAUUAGGUAAUUUGAGCAAAUUGGCUACAUUGUAUGUCUACAACAACUCCCUUUCUGGUUAUAUUCCUCCUGAAAUGGGAAGUAUGACAAAUCUGGAAGUGCUCCACAUGGACACCAACCUCCUAACAGGACCGAUUCCUUCCACUUUGGGGAACUUAACCAAAUUGAUAGAGCUACACCUAUUUGCUAAUGAGCUUACUGGUUCCAUCCCACUAGAGCUAGGAAAAUCGAAUCUUCUUAGCGAGUUGUGCCUUAAUGAUAAUAAUCUUAUCGGUUCAAUCCCACCAACAUUAGGCAAUUUGACAGAACUCGCCCUUCUUUAUCUCUAUGGUAACCAGCUUUCAGGGCAAAUUCCUGAUGAGAUAGGUAAUCUCCACGCUAUGCUUGACUUAGAGUUGAGUACAAACCAGCUCACUGGUCCAAUUCCUUCUUCUCUGGGUAACUUGACCAACUUGGGAUCUUUGUUCCUCCGCCAAAAUCACCUUUCUGGUUCAAUUCCUAAAUCCUUAGGUGAACUAGUGAACUUGGUGGUGCUACAAUUGGAUACCAACCAAUUAAACGGCUCCUUACCAAAAAACUUGUGCCGGGGUGGGUUGCUCCAAAACCUUACAGUGAGUCACAAUAACUUAACUGGUUCUAUCCCUAAAAGCUUGAGAAAUUGCACAAGCCUAGUCAGAGUACGCCUAGAGGAAAACCAGCUCACUGGAAACAUAUCCAAGACCUUUGGUGUCUACCCCAAAUUGGACUUUAUCGACAUGAGUUUCAACAAGUUCUUUGGAGAAAUCUCAACAAACUGGGGAAGUUGCACACGCUUAACUCAUCUAAGAAUUGCUGGAAAUAACAUCACUGGUAGCUUGCCUCCUGAGAUUGGGAAUGCGACUCGAUUUGGUGAAAUUGAUCUUUCUUUCAAUGGUUUACUUGGUGAGGUCCCAAAAGAAUUUGGAAAAUUGACUUCUUUGGUGAAUUUAAAUCUAAGCAGAAAUCGACUUUCUGGCCAAAUAAGUCCCAAGAUUGUAUCAUUACCUGGUCUUCAAAAAUUGGAUUUGUCCAAGAAUAGAUUAAGCAUGUCUAUCCCGCAGGCUAUAGGGUUUUCUUCAAACUUGGUCUUCUUGAAUCUAAGUAACAACCAGUUGAGCCAAGAUAUUCCGAGGCAAUUAGGGAUGUUGAUUCACCUAUCCGAGCUAGACUUGAGUCAUAACUUGUUAAGUGGUGGGAUCCCAGUUGAAUUCAACAAGCUUCAAAGCUUAGUGAAACUUGACCUUUCACACAAUAAUCUUUCUGGCCUCAUAUAUGAGACUUUCAAGGAUAUGCGAGGUUUGAUGGAGGUGGACAUCUCUUAUAACAAGUUUGAGGGUCCCAUCCCCAACACCACGGCAUUCCAAAAUGCAACAAAAGAAGCGUUUCAAGGCAACAGUGGAUUGUGUGGAAAUGUUGAAGGACUUGAGCCCUGUGACCAAGCAGUGGUGGAUAGGGAAAGCUCUCCGGUGGGAGAAAGAAGCUCCAUCCAAGAGUGGAACUAGCACCCAAGACAAUUGAAGUCUUUUCUCUAUCAAAGUACGAUGGAAUGAUUUCAUAUAAAGACAUCAUGGAAGCCACUGGGGCUUUUAAUGAGAUUUUCUAUAUUGGAAGGGGUGGCUAUGGAAGUGUCUUCAAGGCCAAAUUAAGAUCU